AUGUUCUUCUUGGGCGGAUUCGUAUAUUUUGUUUGGUGGUUUAGCGGCUGUGUGAGCGUACCUUCUGUGGUAGCGCAUAGGUCUAAUGUACGCUCCGGCGUUUCAUCGGGCUUAGACAACCUACAGACCGCUUUCAUCGCAGGACCAUCGCGCUUACAAUCAUCUUUUGGUGCUGAAAAUGCCCGUAUUCAAUCUUCUCUGGGAGUUAAAAGCUCUACGGGUGAGACUGAGACCGUAACCAAGAAGCAGCUUAUUGCCGAGAUCGCCCAGACCGUUGAAAUGACACAAAAGGAUGUGGGUAUGGUAAUUGACGAAUUCGUUAAAUCCAUCGUCAAGCACAUGGGUGAGAAUAAGGAGGUUUCAAUCCCUAAGUUUGGGUUGUUCCACAACUCGCUGCGUGGAGCCCGUGUGAUGAAGAACCUUCAAACGGGUGAACUAUACACUGCCAAGCCUGUCUACGUUCCUAACGUACGCUUUUAUGAGGCUGUCAAGACUGAGAUCAACGACUCUUUGAAACCUCAGUGA